GAAACAUAACCCAAUCACACUUGGCAGUUGCGCUUACACCGAGAAAAGUGCAAAGUUGUUUUUGUUUGUCCCACCACCAUUAAUUCUUAUCGAAAAUCCUUUUUUUUUCUUUCGUUUUGCGUUGAAUGUUCGUAGCUAAUCUUAGCUGUGCGAUGUUCAAAUGUUGAAAGCGGUUUAAAAUCCCAAAUUUGCAAGAUCCUUCCCGCCAAAUGGUACGCCAUUUUGUUUUUAUGCACCGCUCACAAGCGGCAUCGGCUGGAUUACGAUGAAUCCUUGGAGUAGCACAUUGCUUUGAUGACCACUCUCAACAGAUAAGAGCCAGGAAGUUCUUGUUGGCGCCGAUUUUUUGAUAAACAUUUUCUUUAAUUAAUAUUUCUAGUGGUAAUAUUCUGCUAAACGAAUACUACUCGUGCUUUGGCGGCCAUAUUGGAUUUCGAGCUCUAUUGGAAACCUCCCUAUGUCGGCGGAAAGGGAAGCAGAAAGCGCGUCUGGAAAGCAGAAUGGAGAGAAUUUUAACGAUGAAAUGAAGGAUUAUGCCAAAAGCACAAUGAAUGAGUUGUUGGGUAUGUUUGGUUACGAAGAGGCAAUCACACGAGAAGCAGUAGAGGAACUUCAAAUCAGGUUGCUUCCUGAUGACGAUGAUGAACAAGACAACAAUGGUGCUCUUGAAAAGCUAACUGAGACAGCAGAAACUGAGAGUGAUGAGCCUGUUGCUGUUACCCUUGAUCCCAAUGAGGCCCCAGUUGUGGUGCAAAUACCAGGUGGAGAAAAUGGUGGCAAUCCAAGUGUAGUGCCUAUGCCAGAAAUGAACACUGAAGUAAUUCCUUUGUCAAAAGUAUCACAGGCCACACCAGAGCUUUCUAGUUUGCCAAGUGGUGCAAAUGACAAUGCUAAAACUGGGACAGCUUUGAGCAAGAUAACAUCAGAUAAAGCACCAACCUCAUCUGACCUGCCUAGGCCGCAGGAAGAUGAAGGUGUACAAGUAACUUACACGUCUUCACCAAGUACGAAACCUGCACAAAAGUUUGGCCAGUGUAAAUGGUGUAAGAAGUCCAAUGUGUUGCAGAACUUUUCAUCUAGUGAUGGUGAAAAGGAGAUCUCUUGCAAGGAUCUUUGCUCUGCAUUGUGCUUCGAACAGGCUGUGAAGGGAAUCAAGGAAAAUCAUUCCCACACCAAUAACACUCAACAAGUGUCACCAAUAAAUAAAUCUGCCAAGAAUAGUGGCAGCUCACCUAAAAAGAUUCCUCCCGCAUUAGGUUUUGUUCUCUUUUCUUGGGAUGAUUAUCUCGCCAAGACAAAUUCUGAAGCAGCUCUUUGGAGUUAUUUUAGACAGGCUCAAGUACCGCCAUACAAUGGCUUUCAAAGGAAGAUGAAGUUAGAAGUGGCAGAUCCACGGAUAGUGGAUACCAUGUGUGUUGCUACAGUGGUUGGAAUACUAGGACCAAGGAUCAGGUGUCGAUUUGACGGCACCGACAGCGCUAACGAUGUCUGGCACUUGGUGGACUCUAAAGAAAUCCACCCUGUGGGGUGGUGUGAGGGGAACGGUGGACGAUUGCAGCCUCCUGUAGGUUUUCACCUUGAUCCUGGGAAAUAUUCUACUUUUUUAGCAAAGACUCUUGCCAGUGCGGAACUUGCUCCUGUUCGGCUGUUUAAACGGGAGCCGACGGCACCAAAGGAAAAUAUGUUUAAGGUCGGCAUGAAGCUUGAAGCGCUGGAUCCUAAAAACCCUCUUCUCAUCUGUGUGGCUACUGUGGCUGAUGUCGAUGGAGACAGAAUCCGCGUGGAUUUUGAUGGAUAUCUCGGUUCAGAUUACUGGUGUAGAUACGACUCCAGGGAUAUAUUCCCAGUGGGUUGGUGUUACCUUAGUGGUCACCCCUUACAACCACCAGGUAAAACCAAGAAAGCGUUGAAAAUAAGUGCUAAGACUAAUUCUGCACCCGAAAAAUCCGUGAAGCCGGAAAAAGCUGCCAAGUUGGAAAAGCCUGUAAAACCUGUCAAGCCGGAGAAGCCUGAAAAACGGGACAAGAAAAAAAUUAAGGUCACCUCUAGUAUUACACCAGCAUCUGUUGAAACUUCCCCUGUCCCCACGCCUGUAGUGACAACACCAUCUUCUACUCGCCCAGGCUGCGAUUCUCCAUCUUCAUCCGGGAUAGAUCCUGAGGAUGGUGUCAAUCAUACAGUUCAAGUUUUUAUCAACCAUGCGUGCGAGGCUGGGCCUCACUUGAGUGUCGCUAAAGUGGCAGGAUUACCCACCUGUUUUCGAGGCACAGUUCUGAAUGUGACAAGAGAUUGUAUUCAGUCUGUGGUGAACGCCGCCAUUGAACCCAGCGUCGUGUUCGGCUUCUUGAGAUCAGGAACUGGUCGCAUCAAGAUCUCGGCUAAGGACGGCAAGCAGACUUUGUCUUGUUACUUACAAGUUAUCGAUCGCGUGGCUGUGUUCUGGCGUGUGUUAGAGAAGUUCGCUGACAAUCUCCAGUGUUGCGAGAAUCUGCUGUGUGGAGAGCGCAUCACAGGACCCUGUCCGAAGUGUGGAAAGAGUGCGUCAAGACGAAACACGGUUUUACCUGAGACACCAUCACUUACUGCAAAGAAGAGCACUGUGGGGUUAUUGAAAAGAAACGCUCUCAGUGAACCAGAGCAACGACAACAACUUAGCGCCAAACAUCCACGGAUUACUAUUGAUGAUGAAGAUGCCAGCCAGUCUCCACAAGUUUGUUCAACUUCACCGCCCAAAACUUGGUCCGUGUCAGAGGUGGUAAAGUUCAUAGAGAAUUCCGAACUGGCUGAACACGCAGAAAUGUUUAGGAAACACGAAAUUGACGGGAAAGCUCUUCUUCUUUUAACUCGAGAAAUGAUUAUGUCUUACAUGGGCCUCAAACUUGGACCUGCCAUAAAACUAUUGUGCUUCAUAGAAGAACUGAAAAACAAGAAAUAUACGUAAACUCCAACAACAUUUAUGGGUAGGAGGACACGGAAUCGCUGUCUUGUCGUGCGGUUUCUGAUUAGUGAAGGAGUUUUUGUGAAGUCGCUGGUAGGUGUACACUCCACAGACUCUCAGCUGGUGAAAAUACACCCCUCUACACUGUACUAACAUCUUGGAAAAAUAGAAAUCAUCUUCUGCCUUUAAAGACUGAUUUUGUAAUUUGCAUUUUGCAUUUGUUUUUGUUCUGGUGAAUAGGUUAUUUUAAAAGAUAUUUAAACUUUUUAAUUGUACGCGGGCUACUAGAUACAUGUCAUUCUAUUCAAGACGUCAAUGUGAUCAAAUUCCUUGUAAAGAAAUGGAAAACAAAUGCAAGAAUUGCCUUCCAACGAUGAAUCACUCAAAUAUCACUGUUAUAUGUAGUACCUGUCUGUUCUUGCUCCAGUUCGGUGCUUUCCCUUGCUCCUGCCAAAAGUGUGGAAUUCAUGCUUGCAUUUACCUAUUUCAUUUACAAAAUACAUCAAUUGCAAUAAAAUAUUGGUCAUAGCUCA